AUGCCCGUACCCACCAUCGUGCCCAGCGCCGUGCCCAUCCCAGUGCCCAGCCCCAUACCUACUCUGUCCAGAGCCCCGCUCUUCGAGUCGGCGGGCAGCGCGGCGGCGCACUACAACUCCCAUCAGCCCCCGCGGCACGGCCAUCAUGGCGGCCGGCGUCGAGUGGACCGCGAUCGUCCUCACCUGCCGGCGGGGCGGCGGCGUGGCGGCCCUUCAGCGAGGCAGGCGGCGGGGCCGGGCGAGGGAGAGCGGGGUCGGGCGAGCCCGGCCUUCGAGACGCCCUUCUCCUUCGCAGAGCUGGAGCUGCGGCGGCGGCGGGGGGCCCUGGGCCGGCGGCCCGUCCUCGUCCUGGCGCUGGAGGAUCCGUGGGCGGGUGUGGGGAGCGGCGGGGCCACGCUGAACGCCGUGCUGGUGGCGGCCGAGCACCUGAGCGCCCGCGCGGGAUGCACGGUGGUGAGCGCCGACGCGCUGAAGGAGGCCCGCAUCCUCAUCCUGCACACGGGCCGCGAGUUCUCCUUCGACGACUGCGGCCGCGCCUUCACCUGCCUGCCCGCCGAGCGGCACCGCGCCGCGGCCGAAGCGCCGGUGUGCAACCUGGACAGCCUGCUGGGCACCGUCACGCGGCGGCUCUGCGUGGGCUCCCCGCCGGGCGUGUGGGUCUGCAGCACCGACAUGCUGCUCGGUGUGCCCUCCGUGCCAGAGAUUGACUGGGAAGGCUUCCAAGGGGUCCGGGUGAUUGCAGUGCCUGGCAGCCAGGCGUACGCGAGGAACCACGGGGUGUACCUUGUUGAUGAGCAGGGCCUGGUACGUGACAUCAUCUACAAAGGCACAGAAGCUCAGAUCCAGCAGUGCGCAGGGCCCGACGGCACCGUCCCACUGGUCUGUGGGGUGGUUUUCUUCUCCUCAAGCGCCGCUGAGCAGCUUCUAGCCACCCAUGUCAUCCCUCCCUUGGAUGCCUGCACCUACAUGGGGCUGGACUCGGGGGCACCACCCAUCCAGCUCUCCCUUUUCUUCGACAUUGUGCUGAGCAUGGCGGGGGGGAUGACGGAGGAGGAUUUUGUGAAGGGUGGUGGUGAUGCCAGCGUGAGGAGAGCCCGCUCCGUGCUCUGGACAGCUCUCCAUGCCUUCCCUCUGAGCAUGGCCUGCAUUCCCGAUGCCUCCUAUGACUACUUGACCACGGCUGCAAGCGACCACAUCCGUAGCCUGACACUCUUGCCCAGCUCCACCAGCCAUCUUCGCUUCUGCAAAACAGCCCAUUCCCAUGUGGACCAACCCUUGCUCCUGGAGGAUGGCUCCUCGGUCACCAACUGCCUGCUGGAAGGAGCCGUUCGGCUGGCGGCCGGCAGCGUCAUCCAGCACUGUCACCUCCAGGGCCCCCUGGAGAUCGGUCCUGGCUGCCUCCUCACGGGCCUCACCGUAGGCUCCUCAUCAGCGCUGCAGGGCCGUCCCCUGCGUGAUGUGGUGCUGCAGGGCCACCAUGUCCGUCUGCGUGAGCUGCCCUGCCGCGUCUUCACGCUCACCGGCCGCCUCGACGACUGGCAGAGUCCUGCUGAAGAGGCCACCUACUUGAACGUCCCCUGGGCGGAGUUUUUUCAUCGGACGGGCAUCCGCAAAGGGGACCUCUGGGAUGCUGAGACACCGCAGGAAGACCGCUGCCUGCUGAGCGCCCGGCUCUUCCCAGUGCUGCACGCUUCCGAGGCGCUGGGGCUGGAGGAUGUGCUGUGGCUGCUGGCCCCGGCAGCGUCGGGCGACCGGCUGGCACGUUGGCGAGCAGCCUGGCGCAUGUCGUGGCAGGAGCUGCUGCCCUGCCUGGACAAGGCAGCUGAGCUGGGUGCUCGCCGGGACCUCUUCUUCCUGCAGGGCCAGCGCAAGGUGCGCCGCGUGCUGCUGGGCCGCCAGGACGGCAGCCUCCUGCCGCUCAUCCGUAGUGCUGUCUAUGAGGGUUACCACAAGGCCUUGCUGAGCACUCUGGAUGAGGUUGCCUCUACAGCUGAUGACGCAGGCAUCGCAGCCCGGGCACUCGCCUGCAUUGCUGAUGUCCUGGGCUGCAUGGCACAUGGGGAAGGGGGCUUGCGGAGCGGACCUGCUGCCAACAGGGAGUGGGCUUCAGCUUUUGGGCACCUGGAGAGUGGGGACAUUGCUGGCGGGGUGCGGGAGCUGGCAACCGAGCGGCAGAAGUGGAUGAGCAGUCCAGCCUUGCUGGUGAGAGCAGCUCGGCACUACGAAGGGGCCGAGCAGAUCCUCAUCCGGCAGGCGGUGAUGUCCUCGUGCCAGUUUGUCACUGUGUGCCCGGCGGAGCUGCCACCCCUGGGGCACUGGGUGCAGGUGGCGUGUCCAGCCCGCCUGGACCUCUCUGGGGGCUGGAGCGACACUCCUCCCAUCACAUAUGAGCAUGGUGGGGCUGUGGUGGACGUGGCAGUGCUGGUGGAUGGGUGCCGACCCAUUGGUGCCCGGGUGCGGCGCAUCGGUGAGCCGGAGCUGCGCUUGGCCAGCCUCGGUGGGGUACCGUGGGGUGAGGCGGCGGUGGAGCUGGUGUGCCAUGAGCUGGGGCAGUUGGAGAACUACUGCCAGCCACAUGCGCCAGGAGCCUUGCUCAAAGCUGCCUUCAUAUGCACGCAGAUCGUGCAGUUCCCUUCGCAGAAGCCCUUGAGGGAUCAGCUGAUGGAGAACUUUGGGGGUGGCUUUGAGGUGCACACCUGGUCCAGGCUGCCCCACGGGUCUGGCCUCGGCACCAGCAGCAUCCUAGCGGGAGCAGUGAUGGCAGCGCUGUACCGGGCAGCUGGGAAGGUUGCUGGCACCGAGUCCCUCAUCCACGCCGUGCUGCAUCUGGAGCAGAGGCUCACGACAGGUGGCGGGUGGCAGGACCAGGUGGGUGGGCUGGUGCCUGGCAUCAAGAUCGGGAGGUCGGAGGCCCGGCUGCCACUCAGGGUGGAGGUGGAGGAGAUCCUGGUGCCUGAAGGCUUUGCCCGGAUCCUCAGCGAUCACUUGCUGCUCGUGUACACGGGGAAGACUCGCCUGGCUCGCAACCUGCUCCAGGACGUGGUGAGGAACUGGUAUGCCAGGCUGCCCUCCAUUGUACAAAAUGCCGACGCUCUGGUGAAUAAUGCUGAGGAGUGUGCCUGGGCCUUGAGGCAAGGAAACCUGCCACUCAUUGGCAAGUGUCUGGACGUCUACUGGCAGCAGAAGAAAUGCAUGGCCCCUGGGUGUGAGCCGCUGGCCGUCGGGCGCAUGAUGGAUGCUCUGCAGCCUUAUGUCUACGGGCAGUGCUUGGCUGGGGCUGGUGGUGGUGGUUUCCUUUACGUCUUAACCAAAGUCCCUCAGCAAAAAGAGGCUUUGCACCAAAUUCUAGCAAAAACAGAGGGCCUGGACAACUUCAGCAUUCACAGCAUUGAAGUGGACACAGGAGGUUUCUCCAUGGAAGUGGUGGGAUGUGAUCCUAACAGCAGCGCUCACCCUGGAGAGGACAUGGCCAUGUGAAGGCCUUCAGCCAUUGCUGGGGGACAUCUGGGACAGAGGAUAUGGCUGCCACGCAAAUCAGGAAGAUCCCCAUGUCUCAGCUCCCUGCUGCUGCAGCCAGGGCUGCUCAUGGAUUCUCCUUGCUGGGUGCCUCAGCCCCGUGACACACUCGGUCCAGUGCUGCAGAACACAGCCAGGUCCCAGCAGAGCUGGGGAUGCCACUCAUGGAGCCUGGCAGCUGGCUCCAGCAGGUGCCUUAUGUUUUGAUGUGGCCUUUACGUGCUGUUGCUGGGCCCAAAACUCACACAGACUGGAGCUGGGCAGGCCCAAGGAUGUACUGGAAGGACAGGCUGCUAGGGUCACAGCUGGCCUCCAGGCAGAGCUGUGUUCUCAUGGUCCUGUGAAGGGAAAGGAAUAGCAUUUGUGAUGCUGCUAAGCCUUUCUCCUCUUCCAAUAGCAGUGGCCCGUGCUGCCCUUCAGCGUGCAAUGCUCCAUCCCUGGAUGUGGAAUCACCUCCCCCUCCUGUGCUGAGAGGUUAUUUCUGCAGCGAGUUACCAGGCCCUGCGGGCUCUUUGAAUAAAAGAGCUUGUUCCCAGCA